AUGUCUCUACCAGUAGCAUCAGUGGCAAUGGAUACUUUCAUGGAAUUAGGCUUGGUUAAAAUGAAUGAAAUUUUUACGUUUAUUCUUACAAAUAAAGUAUUAUUCAAUUCUAUGUCGACAAUAAUCGUCAAUGAAAUUUCAUUGAAACAAUUGGUAUUUGAAUCAAUGAAUGAAGCUGUUAUUAUCAUUGAAAAAAAUAUUCAAGCUUAUAUUGAAAUAGCAACUGCCGAAAAAACAAAAAAAUUAAGUCAAAAAAAUAAAUUUAACAAAUUACCAACAGUUGAGACUGCUAUGAAUGCUAUUGAAAAUCGUCAACGAAAUAUGGUUCAACGUGCUCAAUAUUAUAGGCAUGCAUUUAAUGUAAUAUCUAAAAAUAUAUCAAUCCAUAUCUAA